AUGGCAGGUUCAGCAUUGAGAAGAUUGAUGGCAGAGUAUAAACAACUAACACUGAAUCCACCUGAAGGAAUUAUUGCUGGUCCUAUUAACGAGGAAAAUUUUUUUGAAGCUUUAAUCACUGGACCUGAAGGAACCUGUUUUGAAGGUGGAGUAUUUCCAGCUAAAUUGAUCUUUCCACCGGAUUAUCCACUAAGCCCUCCAAAAAUGCAAUUCACCUGUGAAAUGUUUCACCCCAAUAUAUACGCUGAUGGUAGAGUAUGUAUAUCCAUUCUUCAUGAUCCAGGAGAUGAUCCAAUGGGAUAUGAAUCUAGUGCAGAGCGUUGGAGUCCGGUGCAAAGUGUGGAAAAAAUUCUCUUGUCUGUGGUCAGCAUGUUGGCUGAGCCCAAUGAUGAAAGUGGAGCAAAUGUGGAUGCUGCCAAGAUGUGGAGAGAAGAUAGAGCAGAGUUCAACAGAAUUGCUGAGCGAAUUGUACGCAAGACACUUGGAAUUCUAACUCCGUAA